AUGGGCUUCUCAUUUCGAGGGAAGACCUCGGAGCAGCCCAUCAUCGUCAGCGAGAUAGAUCAAGGCAUAUCAUCUGCCACAGAACCACCGGCAGCCGACCUGAAGAAGUUUAGAAAGCUUCACCAAUUCGAUCCCUUCCUUGACCUUGACAAGCUCGAGACAGUCGACAAUGCUCUGGCAACCGGAGACCCCGAGAAGGAGGCGGCCGUGGAGGAGCAGCUCAUAAUCGACGACUCUCCGUAUCCUGAAGUCCGGUCAUCGGUUCCUCCUACGGAUGACAUGGACACGCCAGUCAACACCAUCCGAGCAUGGACGAUCGGCAUGGUCCUGUGCACUAUCAUUGCGGCUGUCAACAUCCUAAUGGGCCUGCGCAAGUCCCCCGUCACCAUCACUGCCUCCGUUGUGCAGCUAAUCGCUUACCCAAUCGGCCGCGGAUGGACUGCGGUCAUGCCGAACAAGGAGUACAGCUUGUUCGGCCGCAAAUUCAACUUGAACCCUAGCCCAUUCAACAAGAAGGAGCACACCAUGAUCACUGUUAUGACUGCUGCCGGCGCGAGCAGCUCGUACGCUAUCGAUAUCUUGCUUGCGCAAGAGAUUUACUACGGCCAGUACUUCGAGUGGGGUUUCCAGAUCCUCCUCAUCGUCUCGACUCAGGCUAUGGGCUAUGGCCUGGCUGGUAUCAUGCGGCGGUACCUGGUAUGGCCUGCGGCAAUGGUGUGGCCAAACCAGCUUGUUCCAGCAGUCGUCAUUGCGACGCUGCACAACCACGAAACAUCAGACCCUUCCAAGACAAAUGGCUGGCGCAUUGGAAGAUAUGCUUUCUUCCUGAUUGUCGCAGGUGGCACCUUUGUUUACGAGUGGUUCCCCGUGGUCAUCGCCCAAUUUCUUAGUUACAUUGGCCUUUUCCCAACCUGGAUUGCGCCCAACAAUGUAAUCGUCAACCAGGUCUUUGGCGGUUUGAGCGGCCUCGGCCUCAUCCCGCUCGCUUUGGACUGGUCCAUCAUCUCGGGUUUUAUGGGCACGAGCCCUCUGAUGACGCCCGGAUUCUCACUGAUGAACAUGCUUGCCGGCAUGGUCCUCGUGAUCAUCGGUGUCGCCGGUAUCUCAUGGGCCGGGCCAGAGUUCAUGCGAUACCUGCCUCUCGAGGCCAACGCCAACUUCGAUCACUUCGGUAACUCAUACAAUGUAUCUCGAAUUCUAACCUCCGAAUUUACCUUCAACGAGACCGCCUACAAGGAGUACUCUCCACUCCUAAUUGGACCCGCCUUUGCGCUUUCGUAUGGAGUCGGCUUCGCUGGCUUGAUUUCCACGGUCGUUCACUGUGCUCUAUUUUAUGGUGUUGACAUCUGGAAUCGUGCCAAGAGCGCCAAGUACGAGGAGCCUGAUAUCCAUCUGAAAUUGAUGCGCAAAUACAAGGAGGCACCUGAAUGGUGGUUUCAAGCGACUUUCGUUGUAGCCUUCGCGUUUGCCAUGAUUUCCUCCCAAGUCUGGGAUACCCACCUGACGUGGUGGGCGCUGAUCAUUUCUAUCCUCAUCGGAAUCUUCUUUACAAUCCCGGUUGGAAUGCUCACGGCCAUCACGAACAACCAAGCCGGCCUGAAUGUCAUCACCGAGAUGAUCGUCGGCUAUAUGACCCCAGGCCGCCCUGUCGCCAUGAUGCUAUUCAAAAGUUACGGCUACAUGAUGACAUACAACUGCCUGCAGUACGUCAUGGACAUGAAAUUGGGCCAUUAUAUGAAGAUCCCGCCGCGAUCUAUGUUUGCUGCGCAGUUCUUCCCAGUCAUCUGGCUGGCUAUUGUACAGAUCGCAAGCUACAACUUCCUCCGCGGUAAUAUCGCCGGCAUUUGCACUGCAGACCAGCCGCAAGGCCUGACCUGCCCCAACGCGAAGACAUUCUUUAAUGCCUCGGUCAUCUGGGGUGUCAUUGGACCCGCCAGAAUGUUUGGCACCGGCCAGCUAUUCUCUUGGACUAAUUGGUUCUGGUUGAUUGGAGCUGCCUGCCCGGUGAUCCAUUACCUCUUUGCCCGCAAGUACCCGCGCUCGUGGCUGCGGUACCUUUUCACGCCGUCCAUCUUCGGCGCGGCGGGUAUGAUCCCGCCCGCGACGACCUGGUAUCUGAUGAACUACGUGCUCUUCGGCCUGGCUUUCAACUGGAUGGUGCGCCGCCGGUUCUUUGGCUGGUGGACGCAGUACAACUACGUUCUCAGUGGCGCUCUCGACAUCGGCCUGGCCCUGACGGUUGUCAUCUCCGGCCUUGCGCUGGGCCUGUCGGGCAAAACAUUCCCUGACUGGUGGGGCAACACCGUGCCAUACAACACCCUUGAUAUGACCGGGCCCGCUACGACUAAGGUGUUGCCUGAUGAUGGGAGCUUCUUUGGCCCGACAACGUGGUAG